AUGGACUUAUCAUACAACUUCUUCACAGAGCUAGAAUUUUACACAGCACAUGAUGUGUGGGAUGUUCCCAUGUUGACAAUGAACAUCUCCCACAACAACAUCUCUGAAUUCAAGGUUGACAAACUAGAAGAACUUGUAGAAAUGAAAAAGCUUUUCAUUGAUUUUAGUCACAAUCCCCUGAAUUGUUCUUGUACAGAAGAGGCUAGACAACUCAUUACUUAUGUUAACGAUCCAUCGAAAUGGCUUUUACCAAAGUACCGAAGAUACAUUUUUAUGAAGGACUUGGAGUGCAUGUACCCUAAAAGUAUUCGUGGAAAACGACUAGCAGAUCUAAAAGUGGAGGAUCUAAACUGCAAACUUGAGCGUCUUGAAAAAAUAGCAGUUGAGGCUGUUGUGUUUCUGAACUUGCUCUCGGUUGUGGUCAUCAUUGUCAUCAUAAUCUUGCUAAAAUUCAGAAGAGAAAUCAGAAUAUUAACUUAUACAAGAUUUAACAUCGUUUUACCAUGUCAACCUAUUGAAACAUUCGAAAAUAAGAAAUUUGACGCUUUUGUUUCCUAUAGUAACCAUGACCAAGACUGGGUCACCAGUGUGUUUGAGGAUACUGCUUCAAAUAACCCUCUUGGCAACUUUAAGUUCUGUUUACAUCACAAAGACUUCAUGCCAGGAAAAACAAUUUUUGACAAUGUGAUAGACUGCGUGGAAGCCAGUCGACAUACUGUAAUUGUUCUCUCAAAGCAUUUUUUGAACAGUCACUAUUGCAUGUACGAAUUUCAUGAGGCAUUUCAACAAAGCAUUUACGAGAGAAAACGGCAUUUGUUGUUUAUCAUGAUGGAAGAUAUUCCUACUAAUGAUCUUCCUAAUGAUUUAAAACGCUGUCUGAAGACAUUUACGUAUAUUAGGAAAGAUGAUAACAUAUUUAUAGAUAGACUGGUAUACGCCUUGUCCUACAAAGGCCAAAAAGCCAUGGUCACUGAUAGCCGGUGUCGAAGUGCCGCCUACUCAAACCAAACGUCUUGUGAGACGGACAUAACAGAAACUGGUAGUGAUGGAAACUCGAGCCCGAUAUCAAUCAUGGAUCGACAUGACAUAUUUCCAGACCUAAUCAACGAAAAGAACAUCGUUAGUGUUAAAAAUGAGAAAAAUAACUUUCUAUGA